AUGGCUAGAGUUGAACCCUGGCACGUCGGAUGCCUGGUGAUUGUUGCCCUGAUACAGAUUCACCUGUACAUAUCGCCAUUUACAAAGGUCGAAGAAUCGUUCAACAUACAAGCGACACACGAUAUAUUGAAAUAUGGUGUCCCAACCCAGAAUACCCAUCUCAAACUGAAAGCCCAGUACGAUCAUAUGACAUUCUCUGGUGCUGUUCCAAGGACCUUCAUCGGUCCUCUCAUUCUAGCAGCCGUCGCCAAACCGUUUGUGUGGUAUGGUCACCUCAACGGACUGCAACAGCAAAUGCUCGUACGAACAAUUCUAGGCCUCUUCAACGGUGCAUCGCUCGUCAGCUACGCGUCGGCGGUGAGGCGUGCGUAUGGUUCAUCUGCCAGCACAUGGUACACUUUUCUUCAGGGCAGCCAGUUCCACGUCCUCUACUACUCUUCGCGAACUCUGCCUAACAUGUUCGCGUUUGGGAUCACCACCGUUGGUCUACGAUUUCUCCUACCAAAUCCGGCAUCACCACACCUCCGAGUCCGAAGAACAAGGCUGGCGCUUUACCUCCUGGCGCUCGCGGCCGUCAUAUUUCGCUCAGAGGUCGCCUUGCUCCUAGCGUCUCACUGUCUCUACCUUGUCCUAAAAUCAGGGACCAUUCCCAACGCCGUCUCCCUGAUUCGCGUGGUGUUCAUCCCGUCGAUUCUCUCAGCGACCGUCGCCGGCCUGUUGCUCACCGUCAGUAUCGACACCUUCUUCUGGCAAUCCCGCAAGCUUCUAUGGCCUGAACUCGCGGCAUUUCUGUCAAACUUGUUCCCUUCCGACGACGGAAUCGGCGCCUCAGCGUGGGGCACGUCCCCAUGGCACUGGUACUUCACGUCCGCGCUUCCACGACUGCUCCUCAACCCGUUGCUCAUCGCCCUCCCAUUCUGGAGCCUCUUCACAACCACAACGACCCUCCGCCCUCAACUCUUCGACCUUCUCGUUCCCUCACUGAGCUACAUCUCGCUGUACUCGAUCCUCCCGCACAAGGAGACCCGCUUCCUCUUCCCCAUCGUCCCGCCCGUCACGGCCUCGAUCGCCCUGUGCGCAUCGUACAUCAGCACCCGUCGCCACCGCCACCGACUGUACAGAGUCACCACAUACCUCCUCCUCCUGUCCGGCGCGCUCACCGCCACCAUCUCAACGGGCCUGCUCCUCCCCAUCUCGUCGCUGACGUACCCAGGCGGCACGGCGUUGACGGCCCUGCACGCGGUCUCGCUCAACUAUGGCCCGCAGCCACGUGUCCGAGUGCACCUGAGCAACCUCGCGCUCCAGACGGGCGUGACGCACUUCCUCGACGAGCCCGCGUCGAACCCGUUACACUCCCGGCCCGUCAUCACGCUCCCCGGGUCGGCGGACGGCCGCAAGCCGACGAUCCGGUCGACGACGCGCACGCAGUGGAUCUACGACAAAUCCGACAACCAGACCGAGUUCCUCACGCCGAGUUUCUGGGCCCAGUUCGACUACGUCGUCGUCGAAGACCCCGCCCGCGUCAUCGGCACGUGGGACGUUGUCGACACGAUCCCCGGGCUGGGAAAGCCGCACAUCCUCCGCCCUGACGUCGGUCGCGGAUUGCUCGUCCUCGGCCCGCGGGCCGCGAGGAGAGAAGAGGACGGGAUCUCGAAGAUCGCGGCCGAAAUGUACGGCCCGGUGGGCAAGUGGAUCUACGGAGUCGUGCACGACGUGCUCAGGGAAGGCUACGGACUCGACGCACUCCUCGGCCGCCGCUGGAGCUGGACAGAAGGAUGGUGGGUCCACUGGGGGCUAGAGACAAAGCUGUAUAUUCUCAAGAGUGGCGAGACUGGCGUUUCGCCUUGA